CGAUGUGGUCGGUUGUCGAAAUUUGUUUUGAAAACCUCCGAACGUUUACUGGCAACUAAAUUUGACUCAUAAUAUUUCGAGUGGAAAAAUGGAUCCAAACAGGCCACUUGACUUCAGUAAUAUGGCUGGCAUUCCCUGGCGGGGACGCAGUCGAGGACGUGAUAUAGGACGAGCCAGAGGUUUUUUCACUCCUGAUAAUAUACUACAAGGACAAGCACCCGGGGUACCCACUUGUGAGCCUUUAGCUCGACAAGGUAGAGGGCUUCAUUCUGAUGAUGGAGGACUUGGUCGAGCAAGAGUGGGGCUCUUUUCUGCAACAGGAUCCAAGAUGGGCAUGUCAAGAGGGACAAUCCUGGCUAGCACGGAGAUUCGGAAAGACCUUACAGAAGUCCUGACCACGAAAGAGGUUGAUUCCCCUUCAAAUGGUCAAGGUUCUACGCUGGUCUCAAUGUUCAGAGGAAUGGGGUUUGAACCCUCAGUGGCCUCAUGGGGAAGAGGAACAUUACCAGUCGGAAGAGAAGUAGUUGGGGAGAUGAAAGAGUUGGAGCAGCCAAGUACGGCUGUAGGAGUGGUAGCCAGUAGCCCACAGACAAGUGGGCUCCCACCAAAAGUGAUUGGCAGAGGGCGCAGCUUUCUUGGCCAAGAAAUUUCGACUAGCGUGAUGGUGGGAGUUGGAAGAGCACCUGCGCUUGGAAUGGGACGAGGAAGCCCUUUACUUCUUUCCAAUUUUCCUCUUGAAAGUGUUCAGACUGGUUCUCUUACCUCUGAGCCGACAGCAUACGAUCACUCUAACAUCUCGGACACGGGAACUGUGUCCAUCGUUCAAGAUGUGCAAGACCCCUCAGCUAUUGCACCGGGAAAGGAGUUGAAAAUGGAGACAAUCCGUGAGCCACUCAACAAGGCUGGAUCAAAAGGAACUCCAAUAACGAUUGGUUCCAAUCAUAUUCCAAUUCAAUGCAAGAACAAAGCCGUUUAUCAGUACCAUGUGACAUUUACACCAAAUGUUGAAUCCAUGUCAAUGCGUUUUGCGAUGAUGAAAGAUCACCGCUCGACCACAGGAGAAGUUAUGGCUUUUGAUGGUUCAAUACUCUACCUUCCCCUCCAAGUGAAGGAUGAGGUGGUUCUCAAAAGUUUGAGAAGAACAGACAAUGAAGAAAUCAAAAUCCAAAUACAGAUGACAAAGAUGUUUCCACCCACCUGUGAUCUAUGCAUUCCACUCUACAAUGUUGUGCUCAGGAGGAUCAUGAAAAUACUUGGAUUAAAGUUGGUAGGGAGAAAUCAUUAUGAUCCUGAAGGUGCAAUAGUUCUUGGCAAACAUCGACUGCAGGUGUGGCCAGGCUAUUCAACAUGUAUCAAACAUACAGAUGGGGGUCUGUACCUGUGUGUCGAUGUGUCUCACAAAGUCUUGCGGAAUGACUCUGUGCUGGAUGUCAUGAACAUCCUGUAUCAGCAAAGCAAAGAAAGAUUUAGAGAUGAAUGUACCAAAGAAUUUAUUGGUGGCAUCAUUAUCACCCGCUAUAACAACCGGACUUACCGCAUCGAUGCCAUUGAGUGGGACAAAUCACCCAAAGACACCUUCACUCUGAUAGAUGGCACAAAAACCACUUUUGUGGACUACUACAGCAAGAACUACGGAAUUAUUAUUAAAGAUAUGGACCAACCUCUUCUGAUGCAUAAACCAAAGGAGCGUUCCAAGCCAGGGGGAAAGCAAGUCAUAACUGGUGAGAUCCUUAUAGUUCCUGAGCUAGCUUUUAUGACUGGGAUCCCGGAAAACAUGAAGAAGGAUUUCAGAGCAAUGAAGGACCUGACCAUGCACAUUAAUGUGAAUGCUGAGCAGCACACCCAUACAGUAAAGCAACUUCUGAAGAACAUAAGCACUAACCCUGACAGCCACAAAGAAGUCACCCAAUGGGGUCUGCAAUUUGGCUCAGAAAUCCUGCUGAUAAAGGGUAGAUCUCUGCCUCUUGAAACUAUCUGUGUCCAAACUUCGUCAUUUACCAUUGGUGCUGAUGGGUCUUGGUCCAGAGAGGUUGUCAGGCUGGCUUCAAUCAGCUCAGUUCCUCUCAAAAAGUGGGCCAUUUUCUAUCCUCGACGCUGUGCUGACCAGGCUGAAGAUUUGAUUUUGACCUUCAACAAGGUGGGUGGGCCGCUUGGGUUGCAAGUGGCUCGUCCUACUUGUGUAGAGCUGAGGGAUGAUCGCACAGAAACGUAUGUCAAGAGCAUCCACUCUCAGCUAACUAGUGAGACUAGUUUGCAGCUUGUAGUGUGCAUCUUGGUAGGAAACAGAAAUGAUCUCUACAGUGCCAUCAAGAAACUCUGCUGCGUUAAAAGUCCCAUUCCAUCUCAGGCUAUCAAUGUCCGGACAAUUUCCCAGCAACAGAAGUUAAGGAGUGUGGCCCAAAAGAUACUCCUGCAAGUGAACAGCAAAUUAGGAGGAGAACUUUGGACUGUCAAUGUCCCUCUGAAAAGUUUGAUGGUAGUGGGAGUUGAUGUCCACCAUGACACCAGCAAGACUCACCAAUCAGUCAUGGGCUUUGUUGCAAGCAUCAACAGCUCACUGACUCGCUGGUAUUCCAGAGUAACAUUUCAAGGACCCAGUGAGGAACUCAUCAAUGGUUUCACAGUUUGCUUGUUGGAUGCGCUGCACAAGUAUCAUGAGGUCAACCAUUGCUUCCCAGAAAGGAUUGUGGUGUAUCGGGAUGGCGUGUCAGAUGGUCAGCUCAAGAUGGUUGAGGAGUACGAGAUCCCUCAGCUGAUCAAAUGCUUCAAGACGUUUCCCAGCUAUGAGCCGAAGCUUGUCUUCAUUGUGGUUCAGAAGAGAAUCAGCACUACGCUUUAUUCCUAUGCUGGAAGCAGCUUUGGCUCGCCUCCACCCGGAACUGUUCUGGAUCACACGCUCACUCAAAAAGACUGGGUGGACUUCUAUCUCAUGGCACAUCACAUUCGCCAGGGAUGUGGACUUCCUACCCACUACAUUACUCUGUAUAAUACAGCAAACCUCAUGCCAGACCAUCUACAAAGGCUGACCUUCAAAAUGUGCCAUUUAUAUUGGAACUGGCCUGGCACAAUUCGAGUUCCAGCACCAUGCAAAUACGCGCACAAACUGGCUUACCUUUCAGGCCAGUACCUGCAUUCAGAGCCAUCCAUCCAGCUGGCUGACAAACUUUUUUUUCUUUGAAAGUGGUCUUCUUUUCCAGUUCUGGUCAUAAAUAUGUUGAUGUUGAAAAUUGCUGAUUGUGGUGCUGUUGAAUUAGAAUUAA